CGGGCAGCCCCCUCCCGCCAGGCCCUGCCGGACCCGCGCCGUCUUCUUGUCACCCGCGGUUGCCUCGGGCGGGGAUCGGUGCCCCGAGCGCAAAGCCUGACGCGUCCCCCUUUCUCAUCCCCACCCCCACUUCCCACCACCCAGUCCCUGGCGGCGAUGAGACAGAGCGGCGCCUCCCAGCCCCUGCUGAUCAACAUGUACCUGCCAGAUCCCGUCGGAGACGGUCUCUUCAAGGAAGGAAAGAGUCCCGGUUGGGGGCCGCUGAGCCCGGCUGUACAGAAAGGCAGCGGGCAGAUCCAGCUGUGGCAGUUUCUGCUGGAGCUCCUGGCGGACCGCGCCAACGCCGGCUGCAUCGCGUGGGAGGGCGGCCACGGCGAGUUCAAGCUCACAGACCCAGACGAGGUGGCGCGGCGCUGGGGCGAGCGCAAGAGCAAGCCCAACAUGAACUAUGACAAGCUGAGCCGCGCGCUGCGCUACUACUACGACAAGAACAUCAUGAGCAAGGUGCACGGCAAGCGCUACGCCUACCGCUUCGACUUCCAGGGUCUGGCCCAGGCCUGCCAGCCGCCUCCGGCGCACGCCCACGCCGCCGCUGCCGCCGCCGCUGCCGCAGCCGCUGCCCAGGACGGCGCGCUCUACAAGCUGCCUGCAGGCCUCGCCCCGCUGCCCUUCCCGGGCCUCUCCAAACUCAACCUUAUGGCCGCCUCGGCCGGCGUCGCGCCCGCGGGCUUCUCCUACUGGCCGGGCCCGGGCCCCGCCGCCACCGCCGCCGCCGCCACAGCAGCCCUCUACCCCAGCCCCGGCUUGCAGCCCCCGCCCGGGCCCUUCGGCGCGGUGGCGGCCGCCUCGCACUUGGGGGGCCACUACCACUAG